CCGGCGCCUGUAAAAUACAAGAGAAGAAGAAGAAAAAUCAGCAGAAGACGACUAAGAAGAAGAAUGACGAGAAUAUACGGAAAAUAGAGGGGACGAAGUACACUUUGGUGAACGUUAAAUCAACGCUGUUCCCACCAAAAAUUACCAUAGAACAUUGCUGCAUUACAUUCGCCAAGCUAUGACAGAGCCGCAGUCAGUGCUGUUACUCAGGAGACAGCUUGCAGAGCUGAACAAAAACCCAGUGGAGGGAUUCUCAGCAGGCCUGAUCGAGGAUAGUGAUCUCUACAGAUGGGAGGUCCUUAUCAUUGGUCCUCCAGAUACACUCUAUGAAGGUGGUGUGUUUAAAGCUCAUCUGACAUUUCCCAAAGACUACCCUCUCAGGCCACCUAAAAUGAAAUUUAUCACAGACAUUUGGCAUCCUAAUGUUGACAAGAAUGGAGAUGUCUGUAUUUCUAUUUUGCACGAACCUGGAGAGGACAAAUACGGCUAUGAGAAACCUGAGGAGCGUUGGCUACCUAUCCACACUGUGGAAACCAUCAUGAUUAGUGUUAUCUCUAUGUUGGCAGACCCAAAUGGGGACUCACCCGCCAAUGUGGAUGCUGCAAAAGAGUGGCGGGAGGACCGACAUGGCGCAUUCAAAAGGAAAGUGGCCCGUUGUGUACGAAAAAGCCAGGAGACUGCAUUUGAGUGAUAAUCGGCUAUUCUUCACGUUUUCAGGUCUCCAAUUGAAAAUCAACAUGGCACUGAUUCCUGCACGUUUCCACCCUGGCGCCAGGCUUGUCCUUUUAUUUUUUGCAGGAACAGACUGGCUACUGUAGGCUGCAAAAGAACACAACAGUGACUACCACGGCUGACAGAAAACCGCCAAGCAAGUGCCAAUUCAAAAAAGCAAAACAAAAAACAGAAGAUGACACAACGUUUUUCAAGUCUAUGAACUGCUUCAACAUUCAGGAAGAUAUUGUAAAGACAUGUAUAUAGCACAGACAAAACCGGAUAAUAUAUAAGCUCCUUUUCCAUCCAUUGAGACACUUAGACCAAAUGAGUAGCGCUGGUUAAGAUAUUUAUUUUUCCAUUUCUCAACUGCAGCAUGCAUUACUUCUCUUGAGAUGGUUAUAAAUGGAUGUCUUUAAUAGAAAGAGGAUUGUGAAGUGUUGGAGGAAUGUCACUUGUGCAGAACUGGAUUCGUUGAAGCAAAAGAUGGACGUGUGUGAUGAAGGGAAUACCGCCAUCGUAGAAAAAAGGCGCUGUUCUCAAUAUUCUUUCUCGCGCUCAGAACUCAACAUCAUUGAUUUCUUUUUAGUCUUAACAUCUUGCUAAGUUGACUCAAGAAAGUAACCCAACCCCUCCAUUCGUGUGCAUGCUAAAUUUUGUUUUAUCUUUUUUUUUCAAAAGUGCCUCCUAAUAAAACGCUUGGCCGCUUCACCUUACGUCAAACGAGUUAAAACAUAUUUUAGGAAAGUUGAAGAAAUUGUGCGCCACCUAAUGUAUGAUGUUAUUUAAUAUCUAGUACACAGGAAAUCGUUAUCAUUUGCUCUAGCAAUAACUCCCGUAGUAUAAGGUGCACACAUAAUCAUUUUUGAUAUCCUGAUCCUGAAGUUUUCCUCUGAUAUUUUAGCAGCCUCUUUUACUUGUCUGUGUUAUGAAAAUGUUAUGCAUGCUUUAGUGUACUUUCGUUUUGGUUUCCUUGUUUGGUUGAAUGUUUCUGGGAUUUUGUUGGAGAAUGAGCGUUUGUGUAUACAUUAUGUGUGCCCAUUUAGUUUUAAAUGUUGCUCUUUCCCCUGAUCUGGAAGCUCACAAUAAUUCUGCUCAUUGAACUAUUGCAGUUUUGCCUAAUGUACCAGGAGACCAAAUACUGGUGUAUAUUUUUGAUGUCAACAAAAGCCGUCUCCUGUAGCGAGGUCUUCUAAAAUAUUACUUUUUUUUUCUAUAUUUACUGGUGUGUUUAAAUCCGGUGUGUUGCAUACUGGUCAUGACAAAAACAACAGAAACCUUUCAUUUACACAAAUUGUUGUUGCAAAAAUAGUGUAUUUAUUUUGGUUUAUUUUUCAAGUACUGCAAACAAAAGUUUGUAGAUGUUGAGGUAAUUAAUGCAGCAUUUAAUCAGUUGUAAGGUCACUGCCAUCAUCUGUCUUCAGAUUUUGGUGGCCAAAUUAUUAAAUUAUCAGAAUGUUGUGGGUUGUAAGUGGGUACGUCGUGCUUGUUCAGCCUUGACCUCCAAAAUGACAUCACUGCCUUUUUUGCAAACUAAAUCCUAUUUUUCAUUUCUUA